UUUGUGUACUUUUAGUUUUUUCUCACUUGGAAUUUGGGGGGUAGAUGAACUACUCCUUCUCGCUCUCUAUAUAAAGCCUCACAAUCCCAUUGGUCUCUCUCACGCUUGCCACGAUUCGCGUAGUAGUCCGGGUUGAGUUGCUUGUCUUUCUACAUCAUGGCUAGCGGACAACUUUUUUCGCGGAAUUCACAAGCAUUGUUUUACAAUUAUAAGCAACUUCCUAUACAAAGGAUGCUUGAUUUUGACUUCCUUUGUGGAAGGGAAACACCCUCAGUUGCUGGAAUAAUCAAUCCUGGUGCAGAGGGGUUUCAGAAACUAUUCUUUGGCCAAGAGGAAAUUGCUAUUCCUGUUCAUUCAAGCGUUGAAGCAGCUUGCAGUGCUCAUCCAACCGCAGAUGUUUUCAUCAACUUCGCAUCCUUCAGAAGUGCUGCUGGCUCAUCUAUGUCUGCUCUGAAGCAACCAACAAUCAGAGUUGUAGCCAUCAUAGCUGAAGGUGUUCCAGAGUCGGAUACAAAGCAGUUGAUUGCUUAUGCGCGAGCUAAUAACAAGGUAAUACUUGGUCCUGCUACUGUUGGUGGUAUCCAAGCUGGAGCUUUUAAGAUUGGUGACACUGCUGGGACUAUUGAUAAUAUAAUCCAAUGCAAGCUAUAUAGGCCUGGUUCGGUGGGAUUUGUGUCCAAAUCAGGAGGCAUGUCAAAUGAACUUUAUAACACAAUUGCACGUGUGACAGAUGGAAUAUAUGAAGGCAUUGCAAUUGGAGGAGAUGUCUUUCCAGGUUCAACUCUGUCUGAUCAUAUUUUGCGGUUUAACAACAUACCACAGAUAAAAAUGAUGGUUGUGCUUGGGGAACUUGGUGGGCAAGAUGAAUACUCCCUUGUUGAGGCCUUGAAGGCAGGAAAAGUUCACAAACCUGUGGUUGCAUGGGUCAGUGGAACUUGUGCAAAGUUGUUUAAGUCAGAAGUGCAAUUUGGACAUGCUGGUGCUAAAAGUGGUGGUGAAUUGGAAUCUGCUCAAGGAAAGAACCAGACACUACGGGAAGCAGGAGCUAUUGUCCCAACUUCAUAUGAAGCAUUGGAGACUUCCAUUAAAGAAACUUUCGAGAAGCUUGUUGAUGAAGGCAAAAUUACCCCUGUAUCUGAGGUUACACCUCCUCAGAUUCCUGAGGAUCUUGACACAGCGAUUAAAAGUGGGAAGGUUCGGGCCCCAACACAUAUUAUCUCUACGAUUUCAGAUGACAGAGGUGAGGAACCGUGUUAUGCUGGUGUGCCAAUGUCUACCAUUGUUGAACGUGGUUUUGGCGUUGGUGACGUCAUCUCUCUUUUAUGGUUCAAGCGCAGCCUUCCUCGGUACUGUACACAGUUCAUCGAGAUCUGUGUCAUGUUAUGUGCUGAUCAUGGGCCCUGUGUUUCUGGUGCUCAUAACACCAUUGUUACUGCCAGAGCUGGCAAAGAUCUAGUGUCCAGCUUGGUCUCAGGUUUGCUCACCAUUGGCCCUCGAUUUGGUGGUGCGAUUGAUGAUGCUGCCCGUUACUUCAAGGAUGCAUAUGAGAGAGGUCUAACUCCUUAUGAGUUCGUUGAAGGAAUGAAAAAGAAGGGCAUCCGUGUACCAGGAAUUGGGCACAGGAUCAAGAGAGGUGAUAACAGAGACAAGAGAGUUCAACUGCUGCAAGAUUAUGGACACAACCAUUUUCCAUCAGUAAAAUACCUCGAAUAUGCCGUCCAAGUUGAGACCUACACUUUGUCAAAGGCAAAUAAUUUGGUUAUGAACGUCGAUGGAGCAAUUGCAUCUCUUUUCUUGGAUCUCCUUGCCAGCUGUGGAAUGUUCACCAAGCAAGAGAUGGAUGAAAUUGUUGACAUCGGUUAUCUGAACGGACUAUUUGUACUGGCACGCUCAAUCGGUCUGAUAGGGCAUACAUUUGAUCAGAAGAGGCUGAAGCAGCCUUUGUACCGUCACCCGUGGGAAGAUGUUUUGUAUGCCAAGUGAUCCAAUUUCCGAAAGGAGUGAUCGAUGAUCGAUUAAUGGUUAUUGUUUUAGUAAUUUCUAUGUGUUUCAGGACUAAAGCUUCAUAAUGUGGCCCUCUUUAGAAUUUGAGUAUCAAUGAGACUUUUUUGAGGCUUAUCAUGCCAAUCAUUUACUGUUUAUCUUCAUUCCAGUGUUCUUACACUUGAUUGGAAUGCAAGAGUUAAAGUGAAAUUCUUGUGGCUUAGUUACUAUACAUUCAUUAUUGGAAGGGGCCCCUCUUUGUUUGUUCA